UGUUCCCGGGUUCCCGCGCAAACGAGCGAUCGGCGCCAAAAUAUCCGACGUGCAUGCGCACUACCAUCGUAGUUGCGCGGGCCGCGGCUUCAUUGGACUUCAUUCCACUUCAUUCGGCUUUCAGCGUUCGGUGUUGGCGUGUCGGCACGAUUCCGUGAGCGCAUCUCCCUAUCUAUCUCGCAGUCGCACUUCCUCCCCGGCGGUCCUUCUUCGUGCAAGGAAUAAGCAAACGCACUUGAUUUAACAGCGAGACAUGUCUGGACGCGGCAAAGGUGGUAAGACCAAGGGGAAGGCGAAGACCCGCAGCAGCAGGGCCGGGCUCCAGUUCCCUGUGGGAAGAAUUCAUCGUCUUCUCAGGAAAGGCAACUACGCGGAGCGCGUUGGUGCCGGUGCUCCUGUUUAUCUUGCCGCCGUGAUGGAAUAUCUGGCGGCCGAAGUGCUCGAGUUGGCUGGAAAUGCUGCCAGGGACAACAAAAAGACUAGGAUAAUCCCACGCCACUUGCAAUUGGCCAUUCGUAAUGACGAAGAAUUGAACAAAUUGUUGUCCGGAGUGACCAUUGCUCAAGGUGGAGUCCUGCCUAAUAUCCAAGCGGUUCUGCUACCGAAGAAGACCGGAACCGGUGGCUCUGGAAAGGGCGAUAAGGCGUCGCAGGAAUACUAGAUUAUUACACGUUUAUAACUUUAACCGUAAUUCUAGAAACAUGCCUUUAUUUCGCAAAACCGGAGGAAAAGGAACGAAUGUCCUUACGAAUCUGUGCAACAGGGCUGGUUUUACAUGGUUGAGAAUAAAAAAUUGUGGAGAUUGAUAACAAACAUCGGUUGCAUUCAGCAGAGAAAGCAGCUUUGCUACUGUUGUUAAAUGCUUUGAUAUGAUUUGGUCUUGCCUUUAGUUCCUCACUGGAACUAAAUGUAUAAACUAAUCGUAUCAAAGAAUUUUAUAGUUGCAAAGCUACUCUCUCUGCUGAAUGCUCAGCCAUUACAUUAUCAUAUUGAUUUCCUUGUUAUUCCAUCAAUUUUCACGAAUUUAGAUCUGUGAACGUUCUUUUUUCUCUGUCUUUUAUUUUAAUUUAUGUCCACUUGCAAGCGAAUUUUUAUUGCGUUUAUAUGGAGUUAGAUAUUACCGUUUUGAUUUUUAUGUACUCUGCUAAAUCCUGUCCGUUAUCAACGGAUACCGUUGAAAGUAUUUUAUUUAAUUAAUAAUUGCUAUCUUGAGGUGUACUUGAUAAUUAUGUCUCAGUUAGAAACUAGUGAACUAUAAUCCUAAAUUUCUGUUUUAAUUUGAAGAUUACGUAACUAUUAAUGAAUUAUGCAUGUUUUAUUUAUAAUACAAUUUUAUCUUAUUUUUAAAUGCUACUGUUAUAGUUAUACAUAUUUCCUGCACGCAAAUACAAACACAUUUCUCUUUUAUUCUUU